GAGGACAAGAUGGGUGUAUCAGACUUGCAGUGCGAUAUAAAUGAUGGACCUUUGGUGGAUCUUUCAGCAAGGGGCAUGCAGAAACUGGACCCCAAUUUCACAUGCUCUGAGGACACCCAUACUCUCAUCUUGGACCGUAACAACAUCAUGAAGCUGGACCACCUGGAACGGUGCCGCAGCCUUCAGCAGCUUUCCAUAGCCAAUAACCGUCUGGUGAGAAUGAUGGGGGUGUCUCAGCUGACGGCGCUGAGAGUGCUCAAUCUUCCCAAUAACAGUAUUGGCUACAUCGAAGGACUACGAGAUCUACCUCAUCUGAAUUGGCUGAAUCUGUCUGGGAACAACAUUAAAGUCAUGGAGCAGCUCAACAGCUGUGUGUCGCUCCAGCACUUGGAUCUGUCUGACAACAACAUAUCUACCAUUGGUGAUCUGACCAAACUGGUGGCACUAAAGACACUUCUACUCCAUGGAAACAGCAUUACAACACUCCGUACUGUUCCUGCUCACCUUCCUGCUCAUUUAUCCAUCCUCUCCCUGGCAGAAAAUGAAAUAAGGGAUCUUAAUGAAAUGUCGUAUCUGGCGCCUCUUUAUGAACUGGAGCAGCUGUCCGUCAUGUGCAACCCUUGUGUCAUGGCGACGCCCUCUCUGCCGGGUUUUGAUUAUCGACCGUACAUCAUGAGUUGGUGCCUGAGCCUGAAGGUCCUCGAUGGCUAUGUGGUGACACAAAAAGAGGGUCUUAAAGCAGAGUGGCUCUACAGUCAGGGUAAAGGUCGCUCGUAUCGACCUGGGCAGCAUGUUCAGCUUGUUCAGUACUUGGCCACCGUUUGUCCUCUGACCGCAUCACCAGCCAUGGAGACGGCAGAAGACGCCAAACUAGAGAAGAUUCUCAGUAAACAGAGGUUUCAUCAACGGCAGCUGUUAGAGGAGACACGAGGAGGCUGUCCCGGUCCCACUCGUCCAACUCAGCUGGAUGUUGAAAGGAACAGUCCCUCACAGAAUGGAGCUGAGGAGGUGAAAACAAAGCCCACACCUUUACCAGCUGCUGCUCCAUCUGUCCAGGAGAAGGAGCCGGUCGUGCAGUUUAACACCUGGGUGAGCUGUGAUUCCUCUCGUCCGCCGCUGCCGGCGCGUCGCAGCCCGAAGCUUGCAGGCGAGCACGUUUACUUGGAGGAUGUGCAGACGGACGAGGACAAACUCAACAGCAGUUUGCUUUCCUCCGAGUCCACCUUUCUCCCGUUCACGUCUGAUUUUGCGCCACAAGCGCUCCACUCCGGCAGCGAAGACGAAACGGAGACGUUUGAACCAGAUUCUCUGGCUCCAACGCGUCCGUCGAAGCCCAAAAGGCACAGCAGAACAAAGACGAACGAUCCAACAGAUAAACAAGAGAGGGAGACUCUUCAAGAGGAGGUUGUUUCUGUCGCUGCCACAGAAACUGGAGGUUUAUCAGAGGUCACGCCACAGAAUGAGUCUAAAAUAUCCUCUGACUUGGGUAAAGCAAAAGUGAAAGAAGCUUCUAAGCAGGAACCAGCGUGCCUGUGUGUCAGCAAGUUGGGUUUAAUGGAAGCCGACAAGGCAGCUGUUAAAAUCCAGUCGUGCUGGAGGGGACACUGCACUCGAAGUUUUCAUCCUGCAGCCAGAGAGGUGCGCGGUGAAAUCCGUCUGCGCAGGAUGCAAGAACACAUCCUGUUUCUGUCUGACAAACUGGACACCGUGCAGAAGCAGUUUGAGGAGGAGAGGCUGCAGAGGCUGGUACAGGAGGAGGCUGUGAAGUUUCUAUGGAAAGAGGUUCAGUCCAUGCAGCAGUGGAAGCAGUCUGUGGAGCAGAAGUUGGCAGCCGUUGCUCAGUCCAUCAGCGCGCCUCAGACCUCAUCUCCAUCUCUUUGUAAGGCAGCCUCGCCUGUUGGCGCCACAAACCCGCCAAACACCGGCGUCUCCUUCCCAGAUUCUGGCUUCGAGGUGACCAGCGAUCAGCAGGCAGCGCAGGAGGAUAGCUUCCUGAGCAGUGGCACAACUGACUCUCUGAAGACGGUGCGAGCGCUGAGCCCCGUUCAGAGCGGCAUAGGGAGCGAGAGCGCGGACUGCAGCCUGUUGGAGGAGUACCUGUCUUCUGUACAGCAGAGGGAGGAGGAGGCUGAAGUAAGUAGUGACCGAACAGAAACGCCACAGCUCUCUUCACCAGCAUCACCCAGCAGGACCACCAACACAGAAGGAAAAGGAAACAACUGACCCAGUCUGACUGUCCUCACAGAAUGAGCAAAACCAGAGUGAAUGUAACACUAGUUGUUUUAUAAACCUGCUCUGCUAUUUAUAUUUACCUUUUUAAUAAAGAACUGAUUGAAUGUAGUGUCUUUAAAAACUUAAUUUAUGUGCUCAAAACCAAUUUAUUUAUCAAUAUGCACUGCAUCGGAAACAUGGUAAAUGAUAUAUUAGAAUAAAAUCCC